GAGCCGCUUCCGGCACGGUAGCUCGAGAAAUGAGCAAGCGGCCACUAAGACUGUGGUAGCUAGGAGUUCCAGGACUCAGUUUCCCCUUUGAGCCUCCUUUAGCGACUAAAGCUUGAAGCCCCACGCAUCUCGACUCUCGCGCACACCGCCCUUGUUGGGCUCAGGGGCGGGGCGCCGCCCCCGGAAGUACUUCCCCUUAAAGGCUGGGGCCUGCCGGAAGUGGCGCAGCGGCAGGGAGGGGCUCUUCACCCAGUCCGGCAGUUGAAGCUCGGCGCUCGGGUUACCCCUGCAGCGACGCCCCCUGGUCCCACAGAUACCACUGCUGCUCCCGCCCUUUCGCUCCUCGGCCGCGCAAUGGGCACCCGCGACGACGAGUACGACUACCUCUUUAAAGUUGUCCUUAUUGGAGAUUCUGGUGUUGGAAAGAGUAAUCUCCUGUCUCGAUUUACUCGAAAUGAGUUUAAUCUGGAAAGCAAGAGCACCAUUGGAGUAGAGUUUGCAACAAGAAGCAUCCAGGUUGAUGGAAAAACAAUAAAGGCACAGAUAUGGGACACAGCAGGGCAAGAGCGAUACCGAGCUAUAACAUCAGCAUAUUAUCGUGGAGCUGUAGGUGCCUUAUUGGUUUAUGACAUUGCUAAACAUCUCACAUAUGAAAAUGUAGAGCGAUGGCUGAAAGAACUGAGAGAUCAUGCUGAUAGUAACAUUGUUAUCAUGCUUGUGGGCAAUAAGAGUGAUCUACGUCAUCUCAGGGCAGUUCCUACAGAUGAAGCAAGAGCUUUUGCAGAAAAGAAUGGUUUGUCAUUCAUUGAGACUUCGGCCCUAGACUCUACAAAUGUAGAAGCUGCUUUUCAGACAAUUUUAACAGAGAUUUACCGCAUUGUUUCUCAGAAGCAAAUGUCAGACAGACGCGAAAAUGACAUGUCUCCAAGCAACAAUGUGGUUCCUAUUCAUGUUCCACCAACCACUGAAAACAAGCCAAAGGUGCAGUGCUGUCAGAACAUCUAAGGCAUUUCUCUUCUCCCCUAGAAGCCUGUGUAUAGUCCAUUUCCCAGGUCUGAGAUUUAAAUAUAUUUGUAAUUCUUGUGUCACUUUUGUGUUUUAUUACUUCAUACUUAUGAAUUUUUCCAUGUCCUAAGUCUUUUGAUUUUAGCUUUAUAAAAUCAUCCACUUGUCCUGAAUGACUGCAGCUUUUUUUCAUGCUAUGGCUUCACUAGCCUUAGUUUAAUAAACUGAAUGUUUGGAUUCCUCAAUUAUUGUUUACUUUUCAUCAUGGAAGCCUGUCACUGUAUGUAGGACAUAAUAGAACUUGAUCACUUGAAGCUCAGACCUAUUGGUCUUGAUCAAAUCAAACUAAGAAGACCUUAGAAAUAAGCUACCAUUUUGCCACAGAGCAGCUUAUAGGUAAUACACUCUUCUCUCAGUACAGUGUACAUUUCCACAAAUCUAAGAAUUGCCCUAUAAACAUAGCAGGAUUUUGAGAGCUUGAAAAUUUUCCAUUAUUCUGGACAUGAAUUUCUAAAAUGCCUUAAUAGGUUUAUGUAGUUGAGUAAAUUUUGUUUUUUAAUUUUUGUAAGCAUCAAAGUUGAUUAGAGAGGGGGGCACUUUUUCUGGAGAAUUCUCUUAGUAAACACAAAAGAUUGUUACGGUUUCAUUAGUAGUAUGGUUGUGGGGCCAUAAGUUAAACAGUGCUGCCUGGUAGGCUGGGAACUGAAGAGACUUGUGGUAUUCCAUCUCGGGUGCCUCUGUUGCAAUGAUCAGGCAGCCCAAAAGAUUUAAAUGAUCUAUAAUAAUUUCCAAGCGGUAGAUUAUGUGUCAUUUUAUUGCUCAGGCAAUAAUUGGUUUAAUGCUGGUAGUGUCAAAUUUUGAAGUGUUAAUUUUGUCUUAGAACCUUCCAGUAAGUGAAAUACAACCUAGUUUUAUCACCAUAUCCACCAGCAGGCAUGGAUAAUUAUUUUAACAAUGCUAAUAUUUGAGUUUUGCAGUAUAUUAUGGAAUAUAGUCCAGUUAAAUCUUUGGUUUCAGUAUGUCUGAAGAGUACAGUGAGAGGUUAAUUUCUGCUCAAGUGGUACCACUUAAAGGCAUGUAUUCUUUUAGUAUGUAAAAUGAAAUAGUACCUUGAGUUUAAAUAGAAUGCAUUUAGCAUUGUAGAGAUCUGAAAUAGUUUUCUUCCACUACAUUGUUGAAAUCAAUGAAGCAAUUAGUUUCUCAUUCAGAAAUGUGCACACUAAUAUUUAGUUUUGCUUUCUCGUGGAUAAUAUUAAGCACUUACUCUGCAGUUUCCUGGAAGUUGUGUCAACUGCAGUGAUACUAUUCAGGAUGGUGGGAAAUCCCCAAAAAUAUGUAUGUGUGGGCUUGCUUAGAUUACUAUAUUUCAUAGUUAAUCUUUUGUCUCUUGCGGUGCUCAUGAUGUGUGGGGCACACGGAAGGCAUUGCUGUAGUCAGUCAUUUUGGUUUUCUUCUAUAGCCAUUUUAUUAUUUUAGUGUAUUGGUUAUGAAGAUAAUAUUAUCUAUUUGUAAAUUGCUACUUUGUAUUUUAUGCAUGCUCUGUAAUUUGAUUUUUUUUUAGUUAUUGAUUUGGAUUAUAUUCACAUUCUAAUAAACAGUUAUAGGGGGAUUA